UUAUCUUCAUCUCUCUAAAAUAUGGAUCUGGACGGGAUGUAAGGUUUUACAAUGAGCCAGGAUAGAUCAUGGAUGUAUAAAAGGCUUGCAAGACGUGGAGUUCUAAAUGAAGAUUUUAAGGAAGGAGUUGCCGGAUUUAUCCAAAGAGGCUUUGAGUAAAUUGUACGAUGUUUGUCAAGAUGAUAGCCCACAACAAUCUGAACCUUCAAGUCAAGAGGAAAGCUCUACAACACCUAAUAUCUCUUCAGCUAAGUUAUCUUCAAGAUACUUGGAAAUCGUUGGGUGCAACAAGAAAAGAGUUCUUGGAACGGGCAGUUAUUCAAAGGCUUUCCUUCAUCGAGUAAGUGUUUGUAAUGCAGAACACUCGUCUUCAUCAAGAGCUCGUCGGUUGCAUGAUUUUUGUGUUUUUUGGGAUGCACGCAUGAGGGAGUUCUUAAUUUCAGAAGGUGAUCAACUCCCCCCUGAAAUGCCAAUUGUGGAUGACAUUAUUCAAGACAAGGAACCCGACUCACAGCCCAAGAACUUUGAACAAACGUGGCUGCCAUUUUUGAAAUCAAUGGGGAUCGAUGCACCAAGUUUCUUUGCCACAUCAGAAUCCUCUAAAGACUCCAUGGACUCUCUUGAUGAAUAACUCUCUCAUUAGAUUUGUGUUAAGUUUGAUAUUAAUGUGUUUUUUUAAUGUUGCAUUUCACUAUGGAUUGAUGAAUGAUGAAUGAUGAAUGUUUAUUUAUUAGCAAGCUUUUGAUCAAUACAUAAAAUAUUAUGUGUUGAAAGUCUAUUAGAUGUUUUGUGAUUUGCAUUGAGAAUUUAGAUCUACAUUUUUUGGAAUAUAAAUCUUGCAA